AAGAAUUUAUUACUACUACUCAUAACAAUAAUAAGCAAUUCAGAGUUAUUUAAGCUUGAUUUAUAUUUAUAUAAUACUUUUAUGCUUCAAAAUUAAAAAUACACCUACAGGAUAGUUAAUGAACGUAAAUUGCACCUUUGACAUUAUUUCUUAAUUACAAAUAUCAACACUCGAUAUUGUGUACGUUCUUUUUUUUUGGACAUUAAAUCAAAUUACAUACUUUUUAAUUCUGCGCUCGCAAUUUCAUUUAAAUAGCAUAGCCCGUCACUUAUUCUUUGGAAAGAAGUAUACAAACUGAGACUAACGGGAAAGGAUUAAAACUAGACUUGUUCUUUUGAAUCUUGACAAGGGUACAUAGCGAGCUGCCGGGUGUUGACUGGAAUAAAGAAGUAAAUUUUUAAACAAAACCGCUCACAACAUGCAGUACAUUUUGGCUUCACUUAUUCUGAUUUUCACAUUACGUGAGGCCAAGUGUGGCUACGAGCACUGGUGCACCUCUAGCAUGGCAGCUCAAGGAAGUUGUGGUCACGGCUUGGACGACCUGCUCAGUCUGGCUUGUGGAGCUACAGGGUAUAACGCUCAUGGUUCUUACUCUCGCAAAAGGAAAAGGCGCUCGCCAACAGAAAUCAAAAUGGAGCUUAAUGGAAUAACAAUAGGCGGACACAAGGCAAAGGACUAUUUGACAAAGAGGACCUCUUUUUACUUCCAAGGGAUAGUGUGUGAAUGUUGUAUCAAUCAAUGUGAAUUUGACGAGAUUUUAGGAUAUUGUAACUUUUGAAGACCAAGAA